AGCUGCACAGGGCCCCGGAUGUAUGAGAGAGCGGGCACUGACUAUCAGGGGUAUACUGGGACCUGGGCUGCUGAGGUGCCACUGGCAAUGGCAGAGAGAGACGCAUUUUGGGGACCAGGGUGGUGUGAGACAGAGCUACCUGAGGCACUGAUUGGGUGGCCCUGAGAAUCAAGGCCCAUUCUUCCUCCAAGUCAGUCAUCAGUCAUCCUUUUCAUAAGUUGGAUAUGGACCCAGAAAGCAGCUGAGUGAAAAGACUGCUGGAAGGCCCAGAGACAGACUAGGGGGCUAGCAAGAAUGCAAAACAUUCUGCAAAGCUCACACCCCAGUGACAGAGAGAGCCGGCGCUGAGAAGGUGCACUGCCCAGCUGAUAGGUGUCACUAGAGGGAGAGACAUUUGAUUGCAGCAUCAGAAGGGAGACCUUCAAGCAUUCACCCGUGCCUCCUGCCUACCAUCCUAAUCCUGUAUGAGGAAGACCUACAUCCAGCCAUCUCUCCUGCGACCCAGUAGCGGUUCCUCUUCCCGGUCACCGGAAGAAACCCCGAGUCCACAACACUUCCAAACCAGGUGGAUAGCUGGAGUCUCCUGUGAUGAUAUCCCGUGAGUUAAUCUAAGCACCAUUGGAUUGAAAGGUGCCGAGAACCGUUCAACCAAAUUGGCCUCCCACAUUCUUGCCACUGACUAAGAAGCAGGAAGCAGAGAGACUGGAUCCAGAAAGCUUUGGAUACGGACCACGCAGACUUUGUUCAUCACCCACCAUCGCUGCUGAGCUAUAUAAGAACGUCGGAGGAUACAACAGGACAGAGCCCGGCGACAUGGCUUUACAGCCAUACCAGGCACAAGCCCAGCAACCAUGACAGACCUCCAGGCGGACCAGGGCACACCAAGCCCUCCGGCUCCCACCUCCUCCACCUCCACCACCACCACCACCACCACCACCACCACUCCUCCACCUUCCAGCAUUCCCGGACCCUCAAUAAGCCUCCAGUCGCAUCUGGGCCGACUGCGCCCUCUGGCUGCCUCAACCACCACCACCACCACCACCACCACCCCACCAUCCAGCAUUCCUGGACCCUCUAUAAGCCUCCAGGCGGACCAGGGCCUACUGCGCCCUCCGGCUCCCACCUCCACCUCCACCACCACCACCACACAACCAGGACCAGAACAGAGGGGCUAUGGGCCGGACAAUCUUUCAAGGGAGCAAGUCCGGCAAUUUAUUCUGAUUCUGUGGGCGGUGGUGAACAGAAUGUUCGAAAUUAUUUUGCAGCACAUUUAAUUUUUGU